CGGCCGUUGGGCAGCCCUGUCCCGUCACGCGCCUCCUCCUUCCCCCUCCCGCCCCCGGAGCUGCGGGAGGCGCUGGGAGCGCGCACGGCCGGGGGCGCGCAGCCGGCGGCGGGAGGGGGGUGUCUCCAGGUGCCGCGAUGGCGGCGGCGGCCUCGCAGCGGGACCCGGGCGACUGGCAGGACUUCUCCGGCUUCCAGCCCCCGCAGGCUGGCGGCGCUCCCGAGGCCGCCCGCGACAAAAGCGGCUGGGCCGGGGGGGAUCUGGGGGCGAGGCUGUCCCUCUGCUUCCAGCCCCCGCAGGCCCGGGCUGGCGGCGGCGGCGGCGAGAGCCGCGUUCCGCUGCGGCCCCUCACGGAGCAGAGCGCCCUGCAGGACGACGAGAUCUGGAAUGCCUUGACUGAUAAUUAUGGUAAUGUAAUGCCAGUUGACUGGAAAUCUUCCCACACCAGAGCUUUGCACUUGCCAACGCUGAAUCUUUCAGAAAAAGGGGUAAAUGAUAACUUAAACCUUGACCUGUCAGAUGACGAAGAGCUGAGGGAACAGUUGGAUAUGCAUUCUAUCAUUGUUUCCUGCAUCAAUGACGAACCACUAUUCACAGCAGAACAGGUGAUUGAAGAAAUAGAGGAAAUGAUGCAGGAAUCACCUGAUCCAGAAGAUGAUGAAACGCCCACUCAAUCCGAUCGUCUCUCCUUACUUUCCCAGGAAAUUCAGACACUCAAGAGAUCCAGUACAAACAACAGCUAUGAAGAGAGAGUAAAAAGAUUGUCUGUUGCUGAGUUAAACGAACUGCUAGAAGAAAUUGAGACUGCUAUUAAGGAUUAUUCUGAGGAACUGGUACAGCAGUUGGCACUACGAGACGAGCUGGAGUUUGAGAAAGAAGUGAAAAACAGCUUCAUUUCUGUCCUCAUUGAAGUACAAAAUAAACAGAGAGAGCACAAAGAGACGGCAAAGAAGAAAAAGAAGCUGAAAAAUGGUAGCCCUCAGAAUGGGAAACAAGAAAGAGGUCAUAUGCCUGGAACACGCUUCAGCAUGGAAGGGAUCUCAAAUGUCAUACAGAAUGGCUUCCGCCACACGUUUGGAAACUCGGGUGGAGAGAAACAGUAUUUAACGACCGUCAUUCCGUAUGAGAAGAAGAAUGGACCCCCAUCUGUUGAGGAUCUUCAAACGUUAACCAAAAUCCUUCAUGCCAUGAAAGAGGAUAGUGAGAAAGUGCCAGGCUUGUUAACAGACUAUAUUUUAAAGGUUCUGUGUCCUACAUGAAGAGGGCUGCCUUUCAGAAUUAACUGUGCUCCUUCCUGUGAUGAGAAGCUUUCCAUGGAUAUAACUCAUAGUUGUUUUUUUGUUUGUUUGUUUUUUUUCCAUUUGGUACUAUACCUAAACCAGUAGGCAUUUACCUCCUCUGUGUGUGUGGAUUUUCUGAUCCUGCAGUACGUCCUCUGGGCAUGACAACUCAUCCAUUUUAACUUCUUAAUAGUGCAAUGAACUGGAGCAGGGAACAAACACUGUACAGUUUUACUCACAUUGUUCUGGCUUUUUAAAGUCUAUUUUUACAUUGUAUAGCAUGUAGUAAAUCCUCCUGCACAUUUUGUUGUUGGAAGGAAAAGAAAACUUUGAAUAAUGUAAAUAAAAUAUAAGACUAGUUUUAAGGAAUUCAUAUUUAAAAACAUCCUUAGUUCCUAUAGCAAAAAUGAUUGUAGUCCAAACCUGAAAAAAAGAUUUAGAUGAGUUCUUCAGGAAGCACUCCAGAACAGUGUUGGUGGAAGUUCAUUUUUGACACUUCUUUUUAAACAGUAACUUAGAUUGAAGUAUGCACCAUUAUUGCUCACAUACUGAACUUAUGAACCGCAUUCUUUAAUGAUUUGGCAUAAGUAAUUGUAUCAAGUAUCAUUGUUACCUAACAAACAUCAGAGUAAUGUAAUAUGUCAUAUUUAAUUGUUUUUAUUUUAUUAACGUUCAUGUGGCUCAGAUAUUCUCCCAUAUUGCUGCUAUUAUUUUACUGUUUUUAAUAGGUGUUUGAUCUUAAUGAAUAUGCUUCAAUAUAUAAACAUUUUGAAAGGCUGUAUAUUUUUAAAAAUACAUGUACAGUUUGGAAAAAAAAAAAAAAAAAAAAAACCUUGCACCUGGAUUCCAAGUUAGUAUUAUCUUGAGACCUUGGUCAUUGUGUAUCUUCAAACUUUACUACAAAUCUCUCAUGUAUGCACUGUCUCCUCUAUGAUGAUGUAUCUGCGUUCAAACAGAUGAGAAUGUAUUUUGCAAAUCCUGUAAAAGAUAUACCCCAGAAUCUCAAUAUUAAAUAUUUGUCA